AUGAAAACAAACGGAAUCUGCAUGAUCAAACAAUACUUUUCCAGGAAGAACAACAACUUCAUAUUAAUAACGUUUGUCUUUUGAUAUCAAAAUCAUCUAUAUUUGUCGCAGCAACAUCAGCUUUGUUUUGCAUGUGUCGAAUGAAAAAUUGAAACAUCCACCAUGAGCUCCAAAGGGGCAAAAUACACGACGAAGUGCAUCGAAGUGCCUGUAUUUGUUCUUAACAUCGCAUUGUUGUAUGCUUUUCUGAUCACUGUUAGUCAUUUAUUAGCCUGGGUGACUAUAGCACGUCAUGAAAGAACCAUUGAAGAAUUGAAAGAGAUUUUGCUGAGGAGAAUUGAGAAUGAAGAGAAGCAACCUUUGACUUCAGACCAGACACUUAGAGGUGAUGAUGGCGAGAAUACUGUUGUGCAAGAAAGCGAUGUGUUGAAGGUUUGUUUUCUUUGCUUUCGUUUUCAUUUCGUCGUGACUGCUAUGACCAGUCCAACCCUAUUAACUGUGGUCAAACUGAUGUAAUACAGCACUGUCGACGAUAUCAGAUAAACCCAAUUUGCAAAGAGCACACCAGAUAUUUCCAACCUAUAUACUCUUGCAUGUAAAUCGUUGUAUUUAAAUAUUCGAGAAGAUAAUUUAUCGUGUAUUGCUUAACCGAACUCCGGCAUGGAAGUAGGCUAGAGUAUAUUAACAUCACAUGCACGUACACGUACACGUACACGGGAUGAAAAAUAUGUACGUACUUAUUCUAUAUAGUUACUCGCCGGGGAGGAAAACGCUGAACAACGAGCUAGAAGGCAUUUGGACUCAAGCGGUAAAAAUAACAGUAAGUAAAUACAAUUAUACACAGAAUAAACUAUUUGCAUGUCAAAAAGGACAAUUAGAGCUGCUGCAAUGCACGCUCACGGUAUCGAAAAUAUCAUGCAGUGAAAUUUGCAUACAAUAGUAUAUAUAUUGUUUCAAAAAUUUUACUGAUCUUUAUACUUCAUAACAUUUAAAUCAGCAAAUAUUUUGUAAAAUAAUUAGAGACAAACUGUAUUAAUAAUAUAUUUGGUAGCUCACUCAAAGAAAGACAAAAGGCGAAAUAAAGAAAUGCAAUAAAGUCUUCGAUUAUAUAAGCAUUGACAUAAACACACUAAGCAAAAGCGCAGGACUGCAAGGGUAAGACAUUCCGCGAUAGCUUGUGUCACUAUAGUGAGGAAUAAAGGCUGCAUUAUUGACCAUAUAGCGUACCUACCUGAACUAAUUCUCUUUGAUCGUCGUGCUGUAGCUUGGUUUCUAGAUGCUGCAUGCAGCAUCAGCUACCACAUGCUACCAACUAAAUAACCCUUAAAACAUGGUGUCAAGAUCAUAUCGGAAGUUCAUUCAAAAGACAUUAUUGUUUGUCGCUCAUUUUCGUCUCUAUAAAAUCAAUCCAAACACAAACUAGUCAAAAGCAUUCAUGCAUGUAAGCAAGCAAGCAAGCAAGCAAGCAUGCAAGCAAACAAGCAAGCAAGCAAGCAAGCAAACAAGCAAGCAAGCAAGCAAGCAAGCAAGCAAGUAAGUAUAAGUAAGGUCGGUUCAUUUUCGUCUCUAUAAAAUCAAUCCAAACACAAACUAGUCAAAAGCAUUCAUGCAUGUAAGCAAGCAAGCAAGCAAGCAAGCAAGCAAGCAAGCAAGCAAGCAAGCAAGCAAGCAAGCAAGCAAGCAAGCAAGCAAGCAAGCAAGCAAACAAGCAAGCAAGCAAGCAAGCAAGCAAGCAAGCAAGCAAGCAAGCAAGCAAGCAAACAAGCAAGUAUAAGUAAGGUCGGUGUGCUAAUAAUCCUAACUUGCAGCUGAGAGCUAAGCUGAAUUGCGAAGGACGAAGCUCAACCUCAUCCAGUCGAAGGCUUAUUAAGAGUAAUUCUGCUAUGGCUCAUCUUACUGAUGACAGCUAAUCCAAACCCACCCCAUCAAACCGGACUGGAGAAAGCCCAUGAUUUUCGGUGUAGAGCGUUGGCUAACUAUACAAAAUUAUAUAAUACUGUACAAAACCCUUCUUGUAAAAAAACUGUAUAAUACUGUACAAAACCCUUCAACAUUAGUUCAAUCAAGUGAGAUUGCCCAAGAUAAUCCUGAAUAUACCUUACCAUCAUGACCUCUGUAUAGCCUCAGACCCCGUUUACACGAUACCGGACGAAUUUGGAACCGGGCUGAAAUAUUUCUGUUUCGGUCUUCCGUUUACACGAGAACCACGAAACAGGACGAAUUUGAGAUCCCCAAACAGGACGAAUUCGCGUGUAUAUAAACAGACGAAAAAGGACGAAUUUCAGCCCGGUCCCAAAUUCGUCUGGUAUACCGUGUGUGAACGGUUGAUGGAGCGCUACACCACGGAAGUGCAGGGCUGCAGGUUCGAUUCCUGCUACCUGGUUAGCUAAAUAAAUAGUUAAUACCUCAGUGCGUGUUUUUCACGAUGUACUAUUGCGGUAUGUACAUAUUCAAAUUUUAGCAACAGUCAUAAUCAUCAUCUAAGAGCUAAAUGAGUCGACAGUCAGUAAUUGCAUGAUGACAUAUUCAAAACGUAAUAGUGAUUUAAACUGUUAUAUGUUUUUGGGCAUAAUCCAUGGCGUUCCCGCACCAAAAGUAUUUUUUAAUCAGAUAUUAUAUUGCAUUUUUUAAUCAGAUAUUAUAUUGCAUUUUUUAUAGAUUCUCACAAUCAUUUAAAAGGUGUAAAAGGAGAUAGGGGUGAAAAAGGUGCGUGAAGGUCACUAUUUCAUACAAUGUAAUCUACUGAGGUUAUAUAUCAUUAUGUUACGGUCAUAAGGCGGUUAGGAUUAAAGAUGGCGUUGUGAUUUGGGUCAAGAACAGAUGGCAAAUAUACUCGUGUGGGUAACACAACGACAGACAAUUUGAGACGUGCAUAGACGUACGAGGCAGGAGGAGGCGUGGGGACAGGGGUGGGCAGCUUCCUCCCAUUGAAAAUGAAGCAGGCAAGAUAUAAACGUAAGCUGAGGUCUUCUCGCCACUCCCUUUACUUUCAAUUUUCAUUUCCUUAAUAUACAUAAAUAUAAAUAUAACUAAAUUUUAUUACAAUGUAAAAACUGAAUGAAGUGGUAAAAAAAUUGAAAUUGAAAAAAUUGAAACAUGACUGAUUCCAAAUACAUACAAAACCCAUAUAAUUAUUGCGACGUGAAUUUUAUUAACGCCAUAUAUUUACCCAUAAUUCUGUAACAUUAAUACAGAACAACUUAGUACAGAACUUCAAAAUUAGGAAGGUUCUUGUAGUGUUUUGACUGUAAGUUGCACCACAACCUACCAGCUUACCAUAGUAAAAUGUGCGGCCCAUGAUUAUGUCUAUAUUGUCCAUUACGUAGGUGAUAAGGGUGAUCAAGGUAGGUUGGGACGGGAUGGACGGGAUGGUUUGACUGGACCUCGGGGACAACAAGGAGACAGAGGAGACCCAGGUAUGCAAGGGCCUCAAGGAUAUCAAGGCUCUCCUGGACCUCAGGGGAUACCAGGAUCUCGAGGUGUUCGAGGAGAGAAAGGUUCUAGUGGGUCCAAAGGCGAAAGAGGUGGGUUGUCGUUCUUUCAGGAAACUCAUAUAUUCUCCAGUAACGCGUUUAACUUCGUCUAUAUAUGAUCUAUAAUCUAUAGUCAUUAUUAUUUUUAUUUCAGGAAAUGACGGACGCCCAGGCAAGGUUGUCAAGGUGACCACAAUCAAGCUACUUCAAUAGUAUAUAGAUGCUUCCAAUAAUUUCAAAAAACCCAAUGUGCAUAAAACACGAUGUGUAUUUGGACUUUUGCAAUUUUAGAUCAUACGCAAGAUCGUUGUAGAAAAUAUCAAGACAAAUUAAAGCCUCGCAGAAACCAAUUUACUAUUAUAGCACGACCUUUAAUUGUGUCGUUGAGCUAGCGUAUCGAAUUUAAUAGCAGAUUUAUACAUCCAGACGAAUUAUCAUCGGCUGUGCGUCGCUUAAGGCGAAGAACCAAACUCAUAGUUCGUCUAUAGUCCGCCAAAACUAAUUUGUAUUUUAGAGACGCUGCAUGUAAUUGCUUUUAAAUGUAUUGUGGGUAUGGUCCCAGAAUAUCUAAGUCACAACUUAGUACUAGGGGCAGCAUAAGUGGGCGAAAAACAAGGUGGAAUUCCGAAAAAUUACGUGCUCCAUUGUCUAAGGACAAAGAUAAUUUUCUUAUAGAAUUGUCCACAUGCAUUUGGAAUAACUUGCCGCCCUUUAUAAAGGCAAGCGAAUGUUUAAAUAGUCAGAAAAGAAAAUUAAGGAAGUGUCUCCUAAAUGAAUAUUUGACAGCUAUAAUUAGUAAUAUUUGCAUGUGUUUUAGUUAGGAUUAAUUUAUUGUCCAGUAUGACUAUUUUUAAAUGUUGUAAAAUUGUCACUGGCUAAUGUCCCUGUUGGGGAGUUGUCAGUAAAGUAUUUGCUGGGCUGCCGCAGCGAGCGAGCCGGAAGCGAGCGAGCAAGGCAGCAGCUCCUAAUUUUGUUUUGUGGAUCGAAAUCAAAAUUUUCUAUUUGGCGCAUUGCAUGACGAUACCAGUGAAUUUUGACCGUGGUGCAGCGCGGUCAGGCAUAAAGGAAAUAGGCAAUGUGAUCAUCUUUCAUCUUUAGUUUUCUUUUAUGGAAAGCCAUAGCUGGCUUAAAGUGAUCAAACGGCAUUUUGUUUGGUGCUUUUAGCAUUAUACGGCAGUGGUCUCGACAUUAUAUGCGGUGCUUUUGCCAAUAUACGCGGUGGUCCGAGCCGAUAUUAUACGCGGUGCUUUCGCCAUCAUACCAGGUGCUUUUACCAUUAUACGCGGUGCUUUCACCAUUUUCACGCGGUGGUUUCGCAAUUAUACACAGUGGUUCAAGCAUUAUACGCGGUGCUUUAACACUAUAUGUGAUGCUUUCAUUCAACAUUAUUUCCAUAUUCUUUCAUGUAUAUGAUUUCACGAUUGCUUAAAUUUGGCGGUAUGUGGUUGACAAUGUUUUUUGUUUUUUUGCCUCUGGUCUGCAAUGACAAUGACAUGCUAUAAAUUAAAAGGCCUUUAUUUAUUCACUACCCUGUGGGUAAACUAGUGUAUUGUAUGAAUGCGUCUUGUACGCCCUAGUUCGCCCUAGUUCGUCCGGACGCAUAAUAAUAGAGACGCAUUGAAAGAUAUAAAGAUAUCCUCCUCUCCUUAAUUAAAACAAACUAAUAAAACUGAUAUGCAGCUAACUAUACGCUGUAUACAGGGCCGCCGAGAGGUUGGCGGGGCCCCGGGGCAAAUUGUUUUUGGGGGGCCCACUAUCAAAAUUUUUCCGCAGAACAACCUCCCCUCCCCGUCGCCAAAAAAUUUUCGGUCAGUGUACCAUUUUAGGGUUAAAAAAUUCUUUCCGGAGUAAAAAAUUUUUCCGGACGAGUACGUUGCAAUUGCUUUGCAGGAACUUUAUCUCAUUAUCAAAUUUCGGUACUUAGCCCAAGAAAACAGAUAUCUUGUCCUUUGCGCGGAAAUAUUUAACACAUAUUUAUGUCACGUCUUUCAUAAAAAUCCCAUAUCUUAUACCAUAUCGUUAUACCAUAUCUUUUUAAUACAGCAUCUCCAUUCAGCUCAUAUUGUCGCUUCUGGAAAAAAGAUCAAGUCAGAGAGACACAACAAAGGUUAGUAUUUAAAUAUCGUGCUAAUUAAGUAUUUUUAUAGAUAAAUUAAAAUGAAGACAUUAUUAACUGCAUGCAAGUCUUGGUUGAAUCAGCAAAGUUUAUUGU